GUACUAUAUAUAAUUUUAUAUAUGAUCUCAAUAAAGAAAAAUAGAAUGAAAAAGAAUGAAAUAAUAGCACGCUGAUAUAAUUCUACUUCAAUUUUACAAUUAUUGUAAUAAUUAUGUUUUUGUGGAUAUUAAACUAUUUGAAUUUAUUAACGGUAUUUACUUUAUGCUUAUCAACCAGUGGAUUACAAGCAGAGAAAAGUGGUUGGAAUUUUGAUCCAAAUACACAAUAUCACAUUCAAACAGAUGAAGGACCUGAAAGGUAUUUUCGUUUUCAAACAUUAAAUGGACAAUAUAGAAAAGAAAAAAGAUUAGUUGAUGGAACAGUUAUUGGUACAGAAGGCUGGUUAGAUCCUCUUGGAUAUUUACGACUUAAAGACUAUAUAGCAGAUAACAAUGGAUUUCGAAUUUUAAGAUCAAAAAUGGUAUAUGUGGGUAAUAAUAGACCUAUUUAUGAUGCGGUAACAGAAGUGAAAAAAGUACCUACUCAAACUGGAAUUCUUGUAAAACCAAGACGUCCACCAAAUCCUUUCAGAUCAAAAACAGAGAAUGUUGUUCCAGUUUUUGAUAAUGAUAUCAAUUCUGAAUAUUAUGUCAGCACAACUGCCAAACCUCAAGCUAAAUCUCCUACAUUUACUUCUAAUGAUUAUUAUUACAAUACCAAUCCAACAAGUUUGUCUUCGGGAUUACGCAAUUUAAAUAAUUACUCUCAAUCUCAAAAUUAUAAUAUUCUUCGCCAUUCAAAAAUGCCAAUUAAUCAACCCCAUUUCCAAUUAUCAACAAUUCAUACAAGCAGUACGUCACAAAAUAAUCCAACAGAAUUUCCUGAAUUUGAUGGAACAUAUAAUGUUGCUAAUGGAUUUCAAUAUUAUUUGAGAAGACAAUAUCAUGAAGAAGAACAAGAUUCAACUGGAAGUAAUGUUGGUUCUUUUGGUUAUAUCGAUCCAUUUGGUAUUAGAAGAGUAAUUUAUUAUAAAACUGAUCCGCAAAGUGGUAGUUUUUAUCAUAAAAAAAAUAAUAAAUAUGUCGGAUUUGCGUCAACUCCUUAUGAUCUGUCACUGCCUAAUUUGUACAGGCGUAAUUUAAGAUCUGUAAAUUAAUACAUUUUUUCUCAAUUCAUUUUAUGAUAAAUUUGGAAUUUUUGUUUCAUAUAAUUGGAUUAAUUAUUAUUUGUAACUGAAAUCUAUU